GUCUCUGACAGGCCGAGGCAUUAUCUACGGUAGCCAGGAAUCGGCUUAUUACGUCCUUUACUGAACAGUCAUACAAGUUUGAUGCAGGUAUUGCCAAAUGCUGGCACACGUAAAGCUGGUUCGUCCAAGGCAAGCAGAAGGAGACGAAGACCACUGCCCUUCACUCGCCCUAUUUCAGACGCCUCCGACAAGCAACGUCGACCUCUUCUUAGCUUGGGUAUGGAUUCCGCCACCCUGGCGCAACAGCGUUACAGUGACAGUCACAAUAAGUGGCGUGGAGCCGCUUCGUGAUACCAUUUUAGCAGGCUUAAGUUGCCGCGAGGAUGCCAAGGGCGAAGAAGCGCCAUUACUACUUGCCACGCCGUUUGCGAUUCAGCAUUUCUGCUUGCUUCUGUAUGCGAGUUGUUGCGCCGGAGGGUGAUGGAGGUUUCGCCACCAGGUCGCCGUGGCAAUCCAGCCCCAGAAUGACCGUCAACUCGCUUUUCAACACCUCUCUCGGCCUCAAAGAGCGCUCAUGUGUCGGUCCAGCAGCCAGUAGUCGACGGAAGCUGAGGUGAGUGCACCGAGGCUGCAUCGGUCGGAUCUACAGUACCAUCCGCAGGGUUACCGUAAAGGGAAAGCCCGCCCUGUCAAUCGCUCAUCAUAUUCAGCGCUACGCGGCGUGCACGGCUUACCUUACAGUGGAGGGUCUUGUCUCGGU